UACGGUCGGUAGUCGGUCGUCAGUUGUAGUUAGGCUACUCGUAUAGCAGCGCUUGAAACUUUAAUUUUUUUUCAUCAGAUAAGCAAUAGUGUUUGUUUUAUCUCAUGAAACCGCUACUGUUACUGUGCGUAGCAAUUGCUGUUCAAAAUAUCAGUUACCUGGACAGAUAAAAAAAAAGAAGCAUUUUCUUUAGUUAAAAAGAUAUUGGACGAUAAUACGAAAAGCGCAGAUUUGGUCUGAUAGAAACACACACACACACAGACACACACACACAAAGGGAUAUCCCAUCUGGAGAUGUUUCUUCGUACCGUCCUGCACUGUCUAUGGAUCGGAUCCAUGACUUCAUGGGUUCGGGGUCUGGACUUUAAUUUCCACGACAGCAAACAAAUAGAAGUAUAUUUGCAGUCCGUCAGCAAAAACUAUUCGACCUUCACAAGCCUGUACAGUAUUGGAAAAUCGGUGCAAGGUAGAGAGCUCUGGGUCUUGGUUCUGGGAAAGUACCCAAUGGAACACAAAGUUGGGAUUCCAGAAUUCAAGUAUGUUGGCAACAUGCAUGGUGAUGAGGUGGUUGGCAGAGAAAUGCUUUUGCAUUUGAUAGACUACCUGGUGAAAAACUACGGGGCAGAUUCCACCGUCACCAGGCUGAUUGACAGCUCUCGCCUUCAUGUCCUGCCUUCGAUGAACCCAGACGGGUUCGAGGCUUCUGCGCCCCCUGACUGCGUUUUCUCCAAAGGAAGGUACAACAGAAACAACGUGGACCUGAACAGAAACUUUCCAGACACCUUCUCAACGACUGCUUCCUCCAGCGUGCAGCCCGAGACACAGGCAGUGAUGAGCUGGAUCCAGAGCGAGAGCUUCGUGCUCUCUGCCAAUCUACAUGGCGGGACCGUCGUAGCCAGCUAUCCGUACGACAACAGCAACGGAGGAAGCGAGCUGGUUAAUGGAGUGAGUCGCUCCCCAGAUCAUGACGUUUUUGUACAUCUUGCUAAAACCUACUCCUAUAACCACACUACAAUGCACACAGGAACUCAGUGUGGCUCUUUAACUUUCCCAGACGGAAUAACAAACGGAUACCAGUGGUACACUUUAAUAGGUGGAAUGCAGGAUUAUAACUACAUCUGGGGGCAGUGCUUUGAAAUAACACUGGAGCUGUCUUGCUGCAAAUACCCUCCCGCAGAUCAGCUCGCAGACUUCUGGCAGGAGAACAGAGCCGCCCUGCUGGCGUACAUGCAGCAGGUCCACCUGGGUGUCAAGGGCCAGGUCUUAGAUGUUGAUGGAAAUCCAAUCCCAAGCGCUGUGGUGGAAGUUCAAGGGAGGAACAACAUUUGCCCGUACAAAACCAACAAGCAUGGGGAAUACUACAGACUCCUGCUACCCGGGAUGUACACAUUUGUGGUGACCGUUCCUGGAAGAGAACCGAUGAAAAAGACGCUGCAAAUCCCCAAUGGGCCGGAGAGCUUCUCUGCCUUGAAAUACGACUUUGUUUUCCAAAGCAACUCCCCUACCUCAGACUCUGUUGCUGCAGAAUCCUGCACCACCGCAAACCAUAACAGCAACAACGCAGCAGCCUCCCUUCAGGCUCCUCACUUCGCUAUCCUGCUAGCCCUAGCUGGGACUGCGGCAAUAAGUAGACUAGUCAACAGCUAGCUGUUAGGAGGGCUAGUCGAUUUGCAAAAUCAGUAGCGGACUAGUUGGCUUUUUUUAUAAAGCCGUGCCACAGAGCCAUGCUGCAGUGAUCCCUUUUCACCGCUGUCCUGGUACCGUUUAUCACAAUCCAGUGUGGAUUAAACUAAGGUCCAUGUUAGUAAACAAAUACAAAGUCUGUACCCUUACCUUCGUUUAAUCCUCUGCAUCUGUAUUUAUCAACCGAUUCAGAAAAGAAAUUUCAAACCGUGUCAUCUCAGUGCUGACCCUUUUCCGUGUUUGUUGUUACUUUCGGAAGUCUCGCUGCACAAUGUGCCCAUGUUUGACACCCUGUCCCUCGUCCCUCCAUCUGAAAACAAUAUCAUCUUUUAAUCAGAAUGUGUUUUUCUAUUCCUCUAUUAAAAAAAAUAAAAAUAAAUAAUAAGCUGUCCACUUCCCGGUAGAUAAAUCUGUGUGUUGAUGAAAACGUGCUCUGAAAUGUGUUCUCAAUAUAGCUGUAAAUACUAUAUGAUAAGACAAAUAAAUACAUUGACACACAGUUAGAAAACUUGAAAUGGCUCUAGACCUACGGAUUUUAUAAGGGUCAAACUGUGUGUCUAUUUAUGAUAAAAACAGACCUUUGUAAACAAACAAACCAACAAAUAAAGUAAUGGGAACACGUUAGUUUAAGGCUCUGCUUUAUGCAAUCAAUUACCUACCUAUAAAUAACAUUAUAUAUAAAGGAUGUUUAUCUUUAUUAUUAUUAAUUAUUAAUAAUAAUAAUAAUAAUAAUAAUAAUAAUAAUAAUAAUAAUAAUAAUAAUAAUAGGCAUCAGCAAUACAGUGAGCAUGUAAGUAAUGCAUUUAUAAGAAACCUUACAAUGAAUAUAUAAUAUGACAAAACUUUACAAGAGUGACAUUAAAAUGUUAUUCUAUGGGUAGUAAUCAUCAAAAACCUUUCAUAACAUGUUAAUAAAUGUUCUAGAAACGUAUCUUUUAAACUGACGUGUGGACCUUAACUCCAGGAAGGUCUGUCAGCUUGUUCGUGGUUUAGCUUUGUAGGAUCUUUCUAUGGCUGCUAAUCAGCUAACCACGAUCCCACAAUAAUGACAAUAAAUGAGAUUUGGAAUGGCCAUAAGGCUGAGUUUGAGCAUCGUGUGUCUGUUCCAGCAGGGAUCAGAUUAGCUCUUCUUAAGACUGCACAUUCAAGCAUCUUGUGUUCCACACAGAUUAGCUCUUCUUAAGACUGCACAUUCACGCAUCUUGUGUUCCACGCAGAUUAGCUCUUCUUAAGACUGCACAUUCACGCAUCUUGUGUUCCACGCUGAUUAGCUCUUCUUAAGACUGCACAUUCACGCAUCUUGUGUUCCACACAGAUUAGCUCUUUUUAAGACUGCACAUUCACGCAUCUUGUGUUCCACGCUGAUUAGCUCUUCUUAAGACUGCACAUUCACGCAUCUUGUGUUCCACGCUGAUUAGCUCUUCUUAAGACUGCACAUUCACGCAUCUUGUGUUCCACGCAGAUUAGCUCUUCUUAAGACUGCACAUUCACGCAUCUUGUGUUCCACGCAGAUUAGCUCUUCUUAAAACUGCACAUUCACGCAUCUUGUGUUCCACGCAGAUUAACUCUUUUUAAGACUGCACAUUCACGCAUCUUGUGUUCCACGCAGAUUAGCUCUUUUUAAGACUGCACAUUCACGCAUCUUGUGUUCCACACAGAUUAGCUCUUUUUAAGACUGCACAUUCACGCAUCUUGUGUUCCACGCAGAUUAGCUCUUCUUAAGACUGCACAUUCACGCAUCUUGUGUUCCACGCUGAUUAGCUCUUCUUAAGACUGCACAUUCACGCAUCUUGUGUUCCACACAGAUUAGCUCUUUUUAAGACUGCACAUUCACGCAUCUUGUGUUCCACGCAGAUUAGCUCUUCUUAAGACUGCACAUUCACGCAUCUUGUGUUCCACACAGAUUAACUCUUCUUAAGACUGCACAUUCACGCAUCUUGUGUUCCACGCAGAUUAGCUCUUCUUAAGACUGCACAUUCACGCAUCUUGUGUUCCACGCAGAUUAGCUCUUUUUAAGACUGCACAUUCAAGCAUCUUGUGUUCCACACAGAUUAGCUCUUUUUAAGACUGCACAUUCACGCAUCUUGUGUUCCACGCAGAUUAGCUCUUCUUAAAACUGCACAUUCACGCAUCUUGUGUUCCACACAGAUUAGCUCUUUUUAAGACUGCACAUUCACGCAUCUUGUGUUCCACGCAGAUUAGCUCUUCUUAAGACUGCACAUUCACGCAUCUUGUGUUCCACGCAGAUUAGCUCUUUUUAAGACUGCACAUUCACGCAUCUUGUGUUCCACGCAGAUUAGCUCUUCUUAAGACUGCACAUUCACGCAUCUUGUGUUCCACGCUGAUUAGCUCUUCUUAAGACUGCACAUUCACGCAUCUUGUGUUCCACGCAGAUUAGCUCUUCUUAAGACUGCACAUUCACGCAUCUUGUGUUCCACGCAGAUUAGCUCUUCUUAAAACUGCACAUUCACGCAUCUUGUGUUCCACGCAGAUUAACUCUUUUUAAGACUGCACAUUCACGCAUCUUGUGUUCCACGCAGAUUAGCUCUUUUUAAGACUGCACAUUCACGCAUCUUGUGUUCCACACAGAUUAGCUCUUUUUAAGACUGCACAUUCACGCAUCUUGUGUUCCACGCAGAUUAGCUCUUCUUAAGACUGCACAUUCACGCAUCUUGUGUUCCACGCUGAUUAGCUCUUCUUAAGACUGCACAUUCACGCAUCUUGUGUUCCACACAGAUUAGCUCUUUUUAAGACUGCACAUUCACGCAUCUUGUGUUCCACACAGAUUAGCUCUUUUUAAGACUGCACAUUCACGCAUCUUGUGUUCCACACAGAUUAACUCUUCUUAAGACUGCACAUUCACGCAUCUUGUGUUCCACGCAGAUUAGCUCUUCUUAAGACUGCACAUUCACGCAUCUUGUGUUCCACGCAGAUUAGCUCUUUUUAAGACUGCACAUUCAAGCAUCUUGUGUUCCACACAGAUUAGCUCUUCUUAAAACUGCACAUUCACGCAUCUUGUGUUCCACGCAGAUUAGCUCUUUUUAAGACUGCACAUUCACGCAUCUUGUGUUCCACGCAGAUUAGCUCUUCUUAAAACUGCACAUUCACGCAUCUUGUGUUCCACGCAGAUUAGCUCUUCUUAAGACUGCACAUUCAAGCAUCUUGUGUUCCACACAGAUUAGCUCUUCUUAAGACUGCACAUUCACGCAUCUUGUGUUCCACGCAGAUUAGCUCUUCUUAAGACUGCACAUUCACGCAUCUUGUGUUCCACGCAGAUUAGCUCUACUUAAGACUGCACAUUCACGCAUCUUGUGUUCCACGCUGAUUAGCUCUUCUUAAGACUGCACAUUCACGCAUCUUGUGUUCCACGCAGAUUAGCUCUUCUUAAGACUGCACAUUCACGCAUCUUGUGUUCCACGCAGAUC